AUGGAAUUGCCGGCCGGCGACCGUGGCCUCGACGGGCUGAGGUGGUGCGUGGUGACCGGCGGAAGGGGCUUCAUGGCCAGGCACCUGGUUGCGGCGCUGCUCCGCUCCGGAGAUUGGCGCGUGCGGAUAACCGACCUCGCCCCCGUCGCUACUCUCGAACCGGACGAGGAGGGGCUCCUCGGCGCUGCCCUGCGCGUCGGUCUCGCCGAGUAUGUCUCCGCCGAUGUAUGCGACCUCGCGCAACUUACCAAAGCUUUUGAAGGUGUAGAUGUUGUAUUCCACACGGCCACCGCUGAUCCUGCAAAGAACUGCAUGCAUCUUCAUUAUAAGGUCAACGUUGAAGGAGCAAAGAAUGUGAUUGGCGCUUGUAAGACAUGCAAGGUUAAAAGUCUGAUAUACACCAGUUCGAGUAGCGUUGUAUUCGAUGGAAUUCAUGACCUCUUUGGUGUAGAUGAGUCAGUGCAAUAUCCAGCUAAGUUUCCUGAUGCAUAUGCACAAACCAAGGCAGAAGCAGAGAAGUUAGUGAUGGAGGCCAAUAGCAUGAAUGGGCUUCUUAGUUGUUGUCUACGACCUGGUAGCAUUUUCGGUCCUGGUGACAUGGUAAUAUCCUCUAUAAUUUCAUAUGGAGGAAAGUUGAUCAUAAUUGGUGAAGGAAAAAAUUCUGAUGAUUUUGUAUAUGUUGACAAUGUGGUGCAUGGUCAUAUAUGUGCCAUGAAAGCUCUAUCAUCUAAAGUGGGCGCAAAACUAUGUGGGGGACAAGCCUACUUCAUAACUAAUGUGGAGCCGAUGAAUGUGUGGGACUUUGUCUAUAUGGUUUUAGAAGAACUUGGAUAUAAAAGACCACUAAAAAUAAGAAUACCGUUAUUUAUUGUCCUACCAAUAACAUAUGUGAUAGAGUGGAGCUACAAUAAAGUGCUAUAUCUCUAUGGAAUGCAUCAACCUCAAUCGCUGACAUCCGCAAGAAUCAAGUACCUAACACUAAGCAGAACAUUUAGUUGUAACAGAGCUAUUGAACAACUUGGUUACAAACCAAUUGUGUCACUCAAGGAUGGCGUAAAGGCCACUAUUGAAAUGUAUAACCGACCGACAUAUGCAAGGUUUCCAUAAAAGCAAAUAGAGCGGUGGUGGAACCCUCAACUUGUCUUCUCGCAACUCAUUGGUGAUGGAGUCUUAUUCUUUAGUCUUGAUUCCAUUCUUCAAUGGUGACACCAAUAAAGGAUUUGUAUUUUGUUUUGACUAUUUCUCCUCCAAGUGUCGGUCAUGUAUUAUAGAUAUUCUUGGCAUUGUUCCAAGGUUAUAUAUAUCUGGAGGUGUAGAAUGAAGUUGUACAACAUGCCAAUUUUUUUGUCAAGAAGCUCCAUGCAU